ACAUGUUUAAUUCAAGAAAAUCAGUGCAGGUGGCCCUCAGAUCUCAUAGCUUUUCAGAAUCAUCGAGGCUUAGUAUAUGAAUUUCCAGAUUGAUCACAUUCACGUGAAUACUGAAUAAUAAUAAUAAUAAUAAUAACAACAAGAAGAAGAAGAAGAAGAAGCGAUGCCAAAAAUGGCGUAAUCAGGUCGGGAUGUGAGAGUAAUCAGCAAAUGUGGUCAACACUGGAAGAACAUAAAAGCCUCUAAAGUUGUAAGAUUUUCCAUCAUCGGGCAUCCAUAACCAGUAAUUGUUAACACAAACUACAGCAAGAGAGAAUCCGAGCCAAAAUGAGAAGAUUCGUACACAUGACAAAAUAGCAACCAUGAUCAGACCUCCAUUGCUUCAGAAUGAGGAAAAUAAAUUGUCGAGACACUAAUGAAGAAUCAGGGUUUGUUCCAUUACUCCCCCAAAAUCGCUUUUGCAGGAACCACUUUCAGUGAGAAAUGCGUUCUAUGAGAGCACAACACCGAUACACACUAUCCCACCUUCAAAUGCAUUGGAAGAAACCCAGAUGCAAAACGGCAACGAACACGAAGAAAUCAAGCACGGAAAGAUCGACAAAUCGAGCCAAGGCUGUUCAUAGAUAGGAUGUGAGCAGAGUUAAUUGUCGAGACACUCGAUGAAAAAUUAGGGUUUGCCCGAUGUUCCAUCUGAACAAAAGAUCUAUUUUCGCAGGGAAGACCUCGAUGAAAAAUGCAUGUACAGGAGCAAAACACAAAAUCGAAGAAAAGCUUUCGAAACGAGCAGAUUAAAGAUCAAGUACGUAAAAAGGAAGCAAAUUUUUCAAUAUGCUCGACGAAGAAACAGAUCCACGAGAAGAAUGGCUCACGAACCUCGAUCAAAUAAUAGACGAGUCAUGAGGAUGAAGAGCAGGCAGAGCAACAAGCUGCAUCGCGGCCGCCAUAUCAAAACCCUAGUUUUCGCUAUUUGCAGAUUGAGCAGCGCGAUCGAGGGAAUUAUAUAGCACAGGCGAAGCGCUGUUACACCCAAUAUGGCGGUUCGUAGCCAGAAGAAUAACACGCCCGUUAUAAAUAUAUAACACGAAUCCCUCUCAAGGCUUUCCGCCGCCGCCGCCGGCGGUGCCGAUCAACUUCUGGCGACCUCCGACUCCAAUCCGAUUCCCUACAGAGCGCCGCUGUGUCUAAAGGUUCCUCUGUCGGAUAGCAACAACACGGAUGAUUGAUUGGGUGCAGACCUUGGCUCAGAAAUAAAAUGCUGGAUCGAGGAUUUAUCCAGUGAGAUUGUACGACCUUCAACUAGCAGUUUGAUGUUUCAAGCAUGCGCUCUACGAGUAUCCAUCCAACUGAAGUUAGCACCCAUUAGAUCUUUGUACUCAGCUUUCUCUGGUAAGGCGCUUGCCAUUUCUAAUGGCGUUACUCAAUCCAACACCAGGGAUGCUUCUCAGCUGCUCGACGAAAUGCCUCUACCAGAUUCUAAAACCUGCAACAAGAGGAUCAGGUGUUACACAUCAGACCAUGAGCAUUACGCAUCUCUGUCAAUGUUCAAAAGGAUGCUUAGUGCCCAGUUGAUGCCGGACAGCUUUGCUCUUGCUGCCACCAUCAAGUCUGCAGCGGGGGUGACUGUGCUUCUCGAUAUGGGGCCUGCAGAAGCCAUCCAUGGGUUUGCAAUGAAGACGGGCUAUGUAGUCUUUGCAGCAGUUCAGAAGGCUAUGAUAGAUAUGUAUGCCAAGUUCGGUGCACUGUGUAGUUCUCGUCGGGUGUUCAAGGAGAUGGAUAACCUAGAUUCAGUUGCUUGGAAUGUGCUUUUGACAGGAUAUGCUCGUGCUGCACUUCAUGAUCAGGCAUUGCAUUUGUUCCUAAGGAUGCAUGUAUGCGGUGUCGAAGAAAGUAAGCCUGAUGCGAUAACUCUUGCUGUAAUUCUUCCAGUCAUUGCCAAGCUAGAUCUUCUGCAAUCUGGACAGAGCAUCCAUGGUUAUGCUAUAAAGAUGGGACUGGAAGUUGGUACUUUAGUUGGGAAUGCACUUGUGUCAAUGUACACCAAGUGUGGCUUCGUCGAUGAUGCUCGUAGAGUGUUCUUUCUCAUACCUUACAAGGACAUUGUCUCAUGGAAUUCGUUGAUUGGAGGGUGCUCACAGUGUGGGCUCUUUGAUGAUGCUCUCACAAUGAUUUCUCAGAUGGUGUCAAUGAAUUUCUUGCUGAACGAAAUCACAAUUGUGAGCAUCCUCCCUGUAUGUGCAUUUCUAGAAGAUGCUUCGCGCUACGGCAUGGAAUUCCAUUGUUACAUAUUGCGCCAUGGUCUCGACACUGACCUUUCUGUUUGUAAUGCACUCAUGAUGUACUAUUCGAGAAUUGGUGAGAUGGAGCGAGCUGAAUGCGUCUUCGGUGAAUUGGAUAUGCGGGACCUAGUGACAUGGAAUACCAUGAUUGCUGGAUAUGCUAACAAUGGUUGGAUUUCAAAAGCAUUUGCUUUAUUGCAGCUGCUGCUGAUGAGUGGAAGAAAGCCUGAUUCAAUCACUCUUGUAAGUGUUCUUCCAUUAUGCACUCAACGAUAUGAUCUAGAAGGGGGAAAGAGGAUACAUGGUUAUGCAUUUCGUCAUAACCUUCUUUACAAAGAAACAACCUUAGGAAACUCCAUUGUUGAUUUAUACGGAAAGUGUGGCAAACUAGAGAAUGCACUGCAAACAUUUGAAGGUAUUAAAGAAAAAGAUAUAGUGUCAUGGAAUGUAAUGCUCUCAGCUUAUGUUGAUAAUUGUCGGUUGGAGAAGUUUGUUAACCUGCUGAAUCAAAUGAAUCAUGAACAAAUACAUCCUGACUCUGUAACAUUACUGAGUGUGAUUCAGGCUGGUACUUUAAAUGGCAGAAGGAAAGUCAAAGAAAUUCAUGCUUAUGCCCUCCGGUCUGGUUUUGUGAGCCUAGUGACCGUCGGCAAUGCAAUGCUCGAUGCAUACACAAAGUGCGGUGACAUUGAGGAUGCACAUAAAUUCUUCAGCAGUUGGACAGAAAGGAAUCUCAUCACUGGUAACACAAUGAUUUCGGGCUAUCUGGAACAUGGUCGUCCAGAUGAUGCAAAAAUGGUUUUUGUUCAGAUGUCUGAGAAAGAUGUAACGACUUGGAACGUUAUGAUUCAAGGUCACGCACUAUAUUAUUGCAGUGAUGUAGCUUUUGUUAUGUUCCAUCAGCUGCAGAAUGAAGGCUUGAAACCUGAUUCUCUGAGUAUUAUGAGCAUCCUUCCAGCUUGUGUGCGUGUGGCUUCUCCUUAUCUGAUAAAGCAGUGCCAUGGCUAUGUAAUUCGCACUCAUCUAGAGGACAUUUACCUUGUAGGUACUCUUUUAGAUUCUUAUGCAAAAUGCGGAAGCAUUAGUGAUGCAUACAAACUCUUUCAGGCAAGCUCCAAGAAGGACUUGGUAAACUAUACCGCUAUGCUAAGCGGCUAUGCGAUGUAUGGAUUGGCAGACGAAGCAAUCAGGAUGUUCUUUGAUAUGCUCGAGGCUAAUGUCAAGCCAGAUCAUGUUAUAAUGACUGCUCUUUUGUCAGCUUGCAGUCAUGCCGGUCUAAUAGACGAGGGGUGGAAGCUUUUCGAAUCCAUGACCGAGAAUCAUGGUAUUAGACCUACUAUGGAGCACUAUGCUUGCAUGGUGGAUCUUCUUGCACGAAGAGGUCGAUUAAGAGAAGCUUAUGAAUUUAUACUUGACAUGCCAUGUGAGGCUGAUACCGGUGUGUGGGGAACAUUACUCGGUGCCUGUAAAAUUCACAAGGAAGUUGAAAUAGGGCAGCUCGUGGCAGCUAAAUUAUUUGAUGCAGAGACUGAAAAUGUUGGAAAUUAUUUGGCGAUGUCUAACAUUUAUGCCGCAGAUGGGAAGUGGGAGGGUGUCGAGCAGGUCAGGAGACAGAUGAAGACAAUGGACCUUAAGAAACCGGCGGGAUGCAGUUGGAUUGAAAUCGCAAUGAAGAGGCAUAUUUUUGUGGCUUGUGACCUAUCUCAUCCGGAGAGAAUCUUAAUUUACAGUAUGUUGAGGACAUUGGAUCAAAUGCUCAAGGAGCCACUGGAAAUUAUAUGAUCAUUUCACUUCGACCAAAAAGAAUAUGGUAUGCUUUAUUGAUUGAGAAUGGUAAUUUUUUUGAACUUGAU